AAGUAACCCGAAAACGCAAUUUCCCCCUCGAAAACAACACCAUUGCCAUUCCCUUUCAAAAAACUACGACUCUGCCGCUCCCUCAAAAACCCUCCAUUUCCUUUUCUUCUCCCUCUCUCUCUAGGGUUUUUGCAGAAUCCAAAGAGAAAAAGCAUGGCAACAUCAUCUAGGGUUUUCGGAAGCUACUGCCGAACUCUAAUGGCUGCUGCGAAGAGCUCCACCGCCGCAACUACACCUCCAGCUCCAGCUGCCGCUGCCACCGCAACUGGAAAAGGUCGUCAUAAAGGCAUACUUAAGCCGCUACCGGUUUCACCUGCUUUACGGAAAUUUGUGGGUUCUUCAGAAAUAUCACGUACUGAUGCUGUUAAGAAAGUCUGGGAUUACAUCAAAACCAAUAACCUUCAGAAUCCUGCAAACAAGAAGGAGAUAAAUUGUGACGACAAGUUGAAGACCAUAUUUGCUGGCAAGGACAAGGUUGGGUUUCUAGAGAUUGCAAAGCUUCUAUCCAGUCAUUUUCAAAAGGCUUCUUAAGUUUGUCACUUUUGCAGUUCCUGUAAACAUUAGGGGCCUUCUUGAUAGUAAACUUUGUACCUUAGUAGCUUCUCCUUUUAUUUCUCCACUCUGGUUUUGAGAUAUGGUGCAUAGAUCUGAAAUUGAAAGCUUCUCGGAUUUCAUGCUUGCUUUUCUCCUGGAAACUUUUGAAUUUUGAUGUUCAGAUGCAAUUGUCCUGGAAUUUUUGAAUUUCGUUACCA